AUGCUGGCAAAACGAACGCUUCCGAACUAUGAGAAGCCCUCAACACUUAUAAAGUUGAGUACUUGCGCAGCCUGGUUGAACAGUGUCUCCAAUGCUUGUGGAGACAUCGCCCUGAAGGCGCAGCUCCUGAAGGCGCAGCUCUCCGGGGCUUUGGCCCGGGCCAAGGCUGCCGAAGCUGCCCUGCGCGAGGCGCCGCUGCGGCGCCUCGAAAGCGCGGCCGCGGCCAGGGCGGCUCCGAAGGGUCCGCCGCCACCACCGCCAACGGGGUGCGCUUCUGGGAACUGCCUGCACCGGCGGAUGGAGUGUGCCCAGUGCAGCCGCCGUGUCUGCAGCCGGCUGCUGGAGGAGCACGAGCGAGCUUGCGCCGUGCAGCCAAAGGCACAGCCAAAGGCACAGCCAAAGGUGCAGCCAAAAGCGCCGCCGAGGGGGCCAACCCCACGCCAGUCUUCAGACUCUUCCUGA